UCCUAUUAUUGUUGUCAUUUUCAAAUAAGAUCUUUUGAUUUAAAUGAAUAAACUUUACUAAUAUAGAAAUUAGUAAAUAAAACGCUUACGGGGUUGAUAGACGUAACUAUGGAGAUUUAAUGUGUCUAUCACAGUAUAAAACCACGACAAGGAAUAUCAACAUUGUACAGUAAUGGGUAAAGUAAAAGCUUGUAGGAUUUGCUUACAAAUGGAGUUGAGGCUAGAAAAUUUACACUCCAACUUUUUGGGAGUUUAUUACGAAAUUAUAACUGGUUUAAAUAUUAGUGAGAAUGAAUUGCCGGGUUAUUUUUGUUAUGAAUGUGCUGCUUUAUUAAAGAAAUUCUAUGUAUUUAGACAGAAAAGCCUUAAAGGUCUAGAAGUGUUGCAGGGUGUCCUAAAUACUUAUGGCAAGAUUACAGAGAACACCAUUAAAAAAAUGCAAAAGAAAAUGUCUUAUUUUGAAUCUGGUUUGAGUGUUUUUAAUGGUUUUUCAAUCAAUAUUUUUCCUGAUGGAGUUGAAGAUAUAAUGAAAAAUGAAGAUAUGUCAGUAGACAAUAGCUAUGAUUUCAAAAAUACAGAUAGUGGUUUAGAUUUUUAUGAUUUAGUUAAAGAAGAUUCUUCUGAAAAUAGCGAUAUAGAAGAAUGUUACAUUGAUUGGUUAAGUGAUGAGGAGGGUAUUGGUAUAGAUAAUAGUAUAACUAAUAUUGAAAAUGAGAUGAUAAUCAACAAGGAGUCAAAUGUAGAGUCAAACGAAGAAACAGUGGAGGAACCCAAAACCUCAAAAAAAAAAGGAAAAGUAUUUAAGAAACCAGUUCAACUUUUAAGAAAAGAUGUAAUUCAGCCAAAGCAAAUUGAAGAUUUUAAUUUUGAGAACUAUGUUGAUGUCAUCACAUGUUCGGAAGAGGAACAAAAAGAAGAGAUAAGAAAACGUAAAGAUACAGAAAGUUACGAAACUGCACCAUUUAAAUGCGAGUUGUGUUUUAAAGUAUUUCUGGACCCGCAAACUUGGCAACACCAUAUGAAGAAACAUGAUGUGUCGUCAGGUAUGGCGCAGUGUAAAAUUUGUAAAUUGCGCUUUAAGUCAAAACGUCGUCUAAAGAAUCACAUGAUGUAUCAUGCCAAGAAAUAUAAAUGCAAAUACUGUUCAUAUGUCUCGCGAACUACAUCGCAAGGUUGGAAUCACAUAUUCUGGCAUCAAGGGGUUUUGUACCAGUGUCCACAUUGUGAAGAAAUGUUUUCCCAAUGGACGUCGUAUUUAAGCCACGUGCGAAUAAAGCAUCCAUCGGACUACAUCUGCCCUCACUGCGGAUAUUCCUUCUUGUCACAACACGGCCUCAAAAUGCACAAGAAUUUGAAGCAUCGUGGUGUCGCUGAACUAAACGAAGACAAUGAAGAUCUCCCAUACUGCUCAGUAUGCGACAUGAAGUUUGCGUCAUUUGAGGCGUACAAUCGCCAUAUGGCGACCGCGAAGAAACAUAUAGUGGAAUCUGAAAAAAAUGGAUGUCGCGAAUGUGGUGAAAAGUUUUCUAAUAUUGAAGAACUGCGGGCUCAUUCGCGUAUUGCGCACAAGCAGAAAGCUUGUAAGGCCUUACUCAAGCGAUACAAAGAAAAGUCGGACGGUCGUAUUUGGCCCACGAAAUGCUCGCUUUGCUCUGAAGAAGUAGCAAAUGCGCGUCAGUACUGGUCGCACUUCAGACGCGACCAUCCCAAUGAAGAUUAUCCAGUAGAGAAGAAAUAUGUCUGUGAUAUUUGUGGAAAAUCAUUUCGGAAAAACUCAUUCCUAACUAUUCACAAGCGGAUCCAUAAUGGCGAAGUACCCUUCAAAUGCAACGAAUGCGACAAAGUUUUUUUGAACAAAACCAAUCUUCAGAUGCACGAGAGAUGGCAUUCUGACGAGCGGCCCUUUAUUUGCAGCGAUUGUGGCAAAGGGUUUAAGGUGAAAACUGCACUGGAUCGGCAUUUCCGAUGUCACACUGGUGAGAGGCCGUACAAAUGUAAAAUCUGCGGCAAAGCCUUCGCCCAAUCAAACAGUGUUAAAGUGCACGUCAAUACAGUGCAUCUCAAACAACCGUAUAUUAGGCGAACUCGACUUAAGAAGAGGGUCAAGAAAUUAGAAGAAGACACAACUGUACUAUAUGUUACAUAGAUAUUUUUGAGAAAUAAAUGCUGGUUGGUUUUAUAAAUUAAAUAUUUGUUUGAAGAAUAAAUUAAAAACAAAUUUAGAAAUGUUAAAGUACCUGUCAAUAUUUACUAAAAUGUCGCCUCUGAAAAUGGGUCUUCCAGAAAUUUGAGAGCAAACAUACACUAACGAAUUUUAUUACAAAAUCUUGGAAGCUUGCUAAGUUUGUGAGUUAUGCUAUUUAUUUUCCAUUAAAAGCAAAAUGUCUAAAAAACAAUAUUAAUUGCAGAAAGCGCCUUUCUGCAAUUAAUAUUGUUUUUUGUUUAUGGCAAUUUUAUUAUUAACAAUAAACUUACCACUUUUUAAAUGUAAUUUUUUAUUAAAUGUGGUACUUAUGUAUGUGGUGAGAUGUACGACAAAAUAUUUCGUAUUAAUAUUUAUAUUGUAUCCCUGGCGAACAUUAUUUAUCAGGUAACUAACUAACGAGAAACUAUCCAGUCACAAUGUCAUUCAAAUACGAUAAAUAAUUGGACAAUUAUUGGAACUACAUUUGCUUGAGUAAUGUUCUGUAGAUAAAGUAAUUAAACUGCGGAAAUGUUGAAAUAUGUUUUGUGCGUGAAAUCAAUUGCUUUAUAUAGAAGUAUUUUAAGUUGUUGUUUUGUUAAAUCUAUAAAGAAUAAAUAUUAUAAAUACA